UACCAGUACCAACUGCUUUCCCAUGGCACUCUUUCUUCCUCUUCUCUGCCUUCUUUCCACUCUCUCCUACGCUCACACCUCUUCGCUAACCCUCCCCGUCACAAAAGACGAUGCAACUCUCCAAUACUUAACAACCCUUUCUUACGGCACCCCCGCUGAAGCUGCAAAAUUUGUUCUUGAUCUCGGAGCCUCUCUCCUCUGGGUUGACUGCGCCUCCAGAGCCACCCCUUCCUCCUCCCUCAACCCCAUCUUCCUCCGUUCAAUUCGCUGCCUCACAGCCAAAACCCCCGAGAUUGAGACCCAAGCAUGGCUCUACAGCCUGGGAAGCCCCGACCAAGACCAAGCCUGUCAAAUUCCGGCGGAGAACAGCAUCACCGGAAAAAGGGUCUCGGAAGGGGACCUGGUGGAGGAUCUGGUGCACCCCUCUCACCAGCUUCUCCUCACGUGCGCCCCAACCCUUCUCUUGAACGGUUUAGCCGCCGGUGCCAAAGGCAUGCUUGGCUUAGAUAGAUCUCGCACUUCUUUCUCCUCCCAGCUUUUCCACUCCCUCGGAACUCAGAGAAAAAUCACUUUUUGCCUCUCUUCCUCUUCUGGGCUUCUCCAAUUCGGCAACGUGGCGCACCACUCUCUCAGAUCCCUCACUUUCACGCCGCUCCUCGCCAACCAGGACCAGACAUACCCUUCCAUUAACGUUAAUUCCGUCAAAAUCGGCGGCAAAAAGGUUUCUUUCAGCGGCGGGGCGGCUCAGCUGAGCACGGUGGUGCCCUACACCACGCUCCAGAGUUCGAUCUAUGAGAAUUUCUCGAGCGCGUAUCUGAAAGCGGCUUUGUCUCUGAACAUGACCCAGGUGGCUCCGGUUGCGCCCUUUGGGCUCUGUUUUGGGUCUGGCGGUGUGGGGAGUUCGGAGGUUGGGCCCAGCGUGCCAGUGAUUGACCUGGUGCUCCAGAGUGAGAUGGUGAAGUGGAGCAUAUACGGGAGAAACUCCAUGGUGCGUGUAAACGACGACGUUAUGUGUUUAGGGUUUGUUGACGGAGGUCAAAACCCUAGAAAUCCGAUUGUGAUUGGAGGAUAUCAAUUGGAGGAUGUGUUGGUGCAGUUUGAUUUUGAUACUUCCAUGGUGGGUUUCAGUUCCUCGCUCUUGAGCAGGCAAACUAGUUGCGCUGACUUCAAAUCUGCCUCCAUGCCUGCCACACAAUCGGUUUCACCUUGGUGAUAAUAUUUUAUUAUUAUUAUUAUUAUUAUCAUCAUCCAUAAAUACCACAUAGUUUUCUUAGAUUAAGGUGAGUUUUGAGGAGUUUAAUCAACAGGUUUUGUAAUAACCUUCUUUUUUUUUUUUGGACUCCCUGCGGUAUGUGUAUACGACUCUGCUUUCUGCUUAUGGCGAUGGCAUUUUUGGUUAAGUGUUUUGGAUAGUAUUUGAAAUUGAAAUACUACUUCUUCUGUAUGGUGUUACCCGAUUGGAACUUGGAAGCCACUGUUUAACUGAUUUA